AUGCAUUCCCGAAACCCAUAUCGUACACCACCGGAUUUCACUGCUCUGGCUGAGAGUUACGAGCCUUUGAAGCCAUAUUUAAUUACGACGGCUGCUGGUGUAACGAUUGACUUCAAAAAUGAUGCCGCUCAAAGGCGAUUGACGGAGGCCUUGCUCCACCGGGAUUUCAAUAUCUCGCUUACAUUGCCGGACGAUCGCCUCUGUCCACCGGUGCCAAAUAGGUUGAACUACAUCUUAUGGCUACACGACGUUCUCGAGGCUAUGUUCCUGGCAGAACCAGAGCGCCACGUAAAAACAGUGAGAGGUGUGGACAUCGGUACCGGAGCUUCUGUCAUAUAUCCUCUCCUGGGAUGCCGUUCCGUGCCAAACUGGGAAUUCGUUGCGACGGACAUCGACGAGAAGUCCCUUCAAUACGCUCGUAUAAAUGUACAACAAAAUCACCUAGAUGGACGAAUCACGAUCAUGAAGUCAAAUCCUAGCGAUCCGAUUUUUCAUUGCCUUGAAGGUGACAGUCACAGUGAGCCAUUCGACUUCACCAUGUGCAAUCCGCCAUUCUACAGUAGCAAAGAGGAUGUAGUACGCUCUGCAGCAUCCAAAGAGUUUCAGCCGAAUGCUAUAUGCACAGGAGCGGAUGUAGAAAUGAUUACUUCAGGUGGCGAGAGCGCCUUCGUGCGCCAGAUGGUCAGAGAGUCACUUGGGUGUCGAGCGCGGUGCAGGUGGUUCACCUCCAUGCUGGGCAAGAUGUCAUCCUUGACGGAAAUUAUCGCUCUGUUACGCGAGCAACACAUUGAUAAUUACGCUUGCACCGAAUUCGUGCAGGGGCAGACACGACGAUGGGCGAUCGCAUGGUCAUUCGGUGACGUAAGACUGUCCGACAGCCUUGCACGGAUACCAACUCCUGCUAUACAGGAUCUGAUGCCCGUGCGCAACACGCUGCAGCAGCCAUAUCCUACCGCUACCAUCGAACAGCUCGCCAGUACUCUCUCGACAACCCUAGCCAGCGUCGAAGAAAUCUCUGUCCGAUCUCUCUCCCCUCUAAACCAUUCGAUCGCAGCAACAGAUGUAGUGGUCACGGCAGUGCGUGACACUUGGUCCAGAGCAGCUAGGAGGAAGAAACCAAACGCAGACGCGAUGCAAAGUGAUGCGCCUGUGGAAUUGAGCGCGGCCCUGCUCUGCCGGGUCACUUGUGUCGAGCAGAACGAAGCGAGAUCCAAAAAACGUCGCGAUGAAGGAAUGUUUCUUGAAUUCAAUUGGGUGAAGGGGAAUAAUCGAGCAUUGUUUGAGAGCUUUACGAGCCAUGUGGGGCGAAAGGUAUCUGCUGGGCUUGCGUGCAGCGACUAG